CGCGCCCUUGCACGCGCUCUUUAGUCCCCCUGAUCCCAACAGAAUAACAAACCCAAAACUCCCAAAAUGUACAAGUUCAAAAUCGACAAUCCUCAAAUAUCCCAAAUAAAAAUUAGAAACCCCAAACCCUAGAUAAUCUCUCGAGUGGGAGAGAACUGAAUUUUUCCGCGAGAGAAUCUAUCGGUGAAACAGAGAAAGGUGCCGCCGAUUAUGGCGUCAUCGACUUCAAAUUUGCGAAAUUCGGAUCUCUCCCGACGCUCUACUACUUCUUCCUCUACAAACCCCCAACUUUUCAACGAUCAGAACAAAAACGAGGAUAGCAACAGAUUGAGCUCGACAAUGACGGUCGACGGCAUCCUUCGAAACGUUUACUCGGCCGCUCCUUCGACUGAGACGACUCUGGUUGACGCUUCGAUCACUCUAAUCGACGCUCCGAUUCCGAAUAACGUCGUGGAUAAUUCCGAAGCUUCUCAGGUUCAAGCUGUACCGGAUUAUAGUAACAAUGUGGCGAGAAGUGUUGACGAGGUCUGGAGGGAGAUUGUAUCCGGCGAGAAGGAAGAGAUCUCGAUGAAAGAGGAGGCGCCGGACGAGAUGAUGACUUUGGAGGAUUUCUUGGCGAAGGCUGGUGCCGUGGAGGAAACGGCGGCUGUUGCGACAGCAGAGGUUAAGUUGCAUCCCGAUAGGUUGAGUGGUGGAGUGUGCACAUUUGAUCCGGUGGGAUCUGGUGCGUUUCAAAUGCUGGAUAAGAUGGAGGGGUCAAUUGUUGGGUUGGGGAACGGGAUGGAAAUUAUUGGAAGUGGAGGUGGUGGAAGGAGAGGGAAGAGAGGAAGAGGGGUUUUGAUGGAGCCGUUGGAUAAGGCAGCACAACAGAGGCAGAGAAGGAUGAUUAAGAACAGGGAAUCUGCUGCCCGGUCUCGGGAAAGGAAGCAGGCAUACCAAGUUGAAUUGGAGUCAUUGGCUGUGAAGCUGGAAGAGGAGAACGAGUGGCUGUUGAAAGAAAAGGCUGAGAGAACUAAGGAAAGGUUUAAGCAGAUAUGUGUAAUUAUUUCUGGUUGAGGAAUUUUGUGAUCCUGUCGGUGUAAUAUGAGCUAAUGGAGAAGGUGGUUCCAGUUGUAGAGCUGCGAAGACCACCACAUGUGCUCCGUAGAGUUCGAUCAUUGCAGUGGUAGAUAAUUAUUUUAUUGGGAUGCGAGAGACGGAAAGGAAAUAGCUAAUCUGACGACGUAGAGGAGGAAAGGAGGGGGGUACAGUAAGAGGUAUCAUUAAAUUUUUCUUCUUUUGAAUAGCUAUUCCAAAGCUGUGAUGGUAGUCUAGAGCAGUUUCGGUUCUUCAUAUGUAAACAAAAUGAAAAGCCAAACCAGAACCAUGAACGAAAGAUCCCGUAUUAUCGAAUAGAAGGUUCUGUGGCAAAGGAAUGUAGUGAAGGAGGCAAGCUGGUUUAUAUAGCUAAUGAUGGAUUCCUCCUCCUUAGCUGCAUGAUCAAUAAGGAACAAAAGUGUACUGUAUUUAUGUGGUUCUAACUUAUGGCAGCACUUUAGUUAAAAAUUUAGAACGGUCAGUAUUGAUCUGUCUAUAUUGUUAGUUAGAGCACUACUUUCUGAUAUCCUUGAUUGAAAUUAUGUGCAUGAAUGAUGCAAAUGUGUUAGGCUGUUUA